AUGGCGUUGGACGAUGAUAGCAGCAGCGAAAGCUUAAUCGAAGAUGAUGCUCCCAAACCAACCAAUAUCAAGAGAUAUAAAAAAAUCAAACUCUUGGGCGAAGGGCAAUUCGCUGUGGUCUAUCAAGCUGAAGAUACACACAAGGAUAAUAAAAUCGUUGCCGUUAAAAAGAUCAAGCUUGGCCCUAGGAGCGAAGCGAAUGACGGAAUCAAUCGUACUGCUUUGAGAGAAAUAAAAUUACUUCAAGAAUUAAAACAUGAGAAUAUUAUUGGUCUAUUGGAUGUCUUUGGUCACAAAUCCAAUAUAAGCUUAGUAUUCGAUUACAUGGAGGCCGAUCUUGAGGUUAUUAUAAAAGAUUCAAGUAUUAUCUUAACCAACGCUCACAUUAAGCAAUACAUUAUCAUGACUUUACGAGGCUUAGAAUAUAUACAUAGCAACUGGAUUCUACAUCGCGAUAUGAAGCCUAAUAAUUUACUAAUUGAUAGUAAUGGUAUACUUAAACUUGCUGAUUUUGGUCUAGCAAGAUAUUUUGGCAGUCCUAAUAGGUACUAUACUAACCAGGUUGUCACCAGGCAAGUCUUUAUUGGAACUAAUUUAAUAAAUGUAUGGUACAGAGCCCCAGAGUUACUAUUCGGGGCAAAUUCGUAUGGUACUGGAGUUGAUAUGUGGGCUGUCGGCUGCAUUUUAGCCGAGCUAUUACUAAGGGUGCCAUUUCUUCCUGGUGACUCAGACUUGGAUCAGUUGACCAGAAUAUUUCAAACAUUAGGAACGCCGAUUGAAGAUAAAUGGGCGGAUAUUCAUAAAUUGCCCGGCUAUAUCAAGUUUAAGACUUUGCCUGCAAUUCCUCUUAAUGAAAUAUUUACUGCCGCAAGCGAUGACAUGCUGGAUUUAUUACGACGUCUGUUUGAGUACAACCCAUCAUCUAGAAUUACGGCUACUGAAGCACUACAGAUGAAAUAUUUCUUUAAUCUGCCAGCUCCGGCUAGUUGCUCUGCCUUGCCUCGUGCUACUGUUGAUGCAGAAAAUGACAAUUACGAUUUGAGGAAAGAUGACAUGUCGAUGAAAAGAAAAGUUGAUGACGAAGAAUUUGGUAAUUAA